CAUUCUCAGUGUAUUCCAUCUUAUCCUUGGCUCUUGUGCUGGCCUGUCUCUCUCGAUUCAGUUAGGACCCUAAGGAAGUGACUCUCCCCAGACACUUGCAGCACACUCAGAAUGUUGAAUUUGUCCUCACUCAGAGAUCAAUGUUACAUCUCCCAUCUCUAAUGGAUGCACCAGUGCUCUAUGCUGAAUUAAAUUUAGCCAAGACCCGAGGGCUCAGGUGUACAUCACCUCCAUCUCUCUCCCAAGACGCCUGUCAGGGACCAAACUGGCAUCAGAUGGCUCUGAAACUCAGCUGUGCUGGGCUGAUAUUUCUUCUGAUAAUAGUCAGUGUCUUAGUUGGAUUCUUGGUACAUAAAUCACCAAUAGAAAAAUGCAGUGUGGCUGUUCAAGAAAACAGGACUGAACCAACAGGGAGAUCAGCCAUACUAGAGUGCCCGAGAGACUGGCAUCCACACUGGGAUAAAUGCUUAUUUAUUUCUCAAACUUCCAGAACUUGGGCUGAAGGGCUAUCUGACUGCUCUUUGAGAGGAGCCACUUUGCUGCUCAUUCGAGAUGGAGAAGAAUUGAGAUUAUUGCAGGACUUCUCAAAAGGAAAAGGACAGCAAUUCUAUAUUGGACUAAAAUAUGUACAAGUGGACAAGGUUUGGAAGUGGAUGAAUGGUUCUAUUUUAAAUACAAAUAUAUUACAAAUCACUGGCAAGGACGAAGAAAACAGCUGUGCCCUCAUCUCACACGGAGAAGUGUUUUCUGACUCCUGUUCUUCAGACAACCAUUGGAUCUGCCAAAAGAUGCUGAGACAUGUCUGAAACUCUGUGUCCUGUCUCCUGAUUGUGAAUCUCAUCUCUAUUACUUCACUAGUCACACCGGAUCCUUGCAUUGGACAGUCUUUGAUGUUGGCCUGCCCAGUGCAUCCUUUGGAGUUUAAAGCAUGACCUCUAAAACCACAGUGAUUCUUACUGUUGCUCAUGUCCAGUUUCUAUAUUGUGUAAAUGUAAAUGUACACAGACACAGAUGUGCCAUUCUAAGAGAGGAAUUCUACAGAGGGAAACUCAGGUCAGCAGGGGACACUGGAGUCUGUGUAGUUUUUGCUGAUCUCUGUGCCUGAGGCCAUCUGCAGACAGCUGCAGAAAAGUGGUUGUAAAGUCUGGAUCUCUACCCCCCCCCCUCAAUCCAUCUAACAUCUGAACUGUAGAACUUUGAAUAAAAUCUUUUUCUUGACUGGUA